AGCGCCCUGUUCUCGUACUAGAACAAGGCGCGCCCUUUGAAGGAAGAAACUGUCGCCGUAGAGCCAUGGUGGGGCCCGGCCCCACUGCCAGCGCAGCCGCGGAAGAACGGUGGCAGAAGCUCCAGGAGUACCUGGCAGCCAAGGGAAAGCUAAAGGACCCCAACGCCAAGCCUUAUCUAAAAGCCAAGAAUAUCUGCCCCAAACCACCACCGUCUAAAUAUACUCCUGGACCUAAAAUAGAUGUUUCCAAUCAUAUUUUGCCUAGCAAAACUACAAGACCCAUCAACACUAAAUUCCAGGCUAAACCAGCCAGUAUCACAGCAUCCCAGAAGCCAGAGUUGAAACCACCAAAACUUCCAAGCAGAGGACUCACGUCAAGAUGUUUUUCUUCUAACACAGACUGUAAACCGUCCAGCAAGCCUCAGCAGCAACCUAGAGCAGUGUCAUCCACUGCAGGACUGUCAAGAAACCCCAGGCAGUGCCCGGAUAUACAGGAACUAAAAGCCAAACAGCAACAGCAAGCACAUGGAGGAAAUGCUAAAUGUACACAUCCCGUGACUAACACCCAGGCUGCAAAGCAAUCUGUGGAUGGCUUUCUAGAUGAAACAAACAAAGAAAACUUGCCCCAAACCUUGCCAAAACCUGAGAAGCCAGAUCCUGACUUACAUUCUAUAAGAAAGCCAAACACUGGCUCUUCUAAUCAAACUCAGAAAAGUCUGGCUCCUAAACAGAUCUUGAGCAAAAGUUCAAUUACUCAGACUGCUCUGAAAGACAGAGCUAACAAACAGUUCAUUAGAAACACACAAAUCAGAGCUCAAGCAGUGAAGUCUCGGCCAUGCCCUACAGUUGCAGAUUCUACACGACCAAGAGAAAAACCCCCACAAACAGCUCUCUCUCAUUCCGUUCCAGCCCAUAAUAAGACUCAGACAUCAAAGAAACCAGUGAUCAAGAACACACAGGACAUAACGGUUAACAGGGUUAGAUACGGAAAACCAAAUGAAACUAAGAUAGAGUCAUGCCCUGCUACUGAACAGAAAGUAAAACACACUAAACCUAGUUCCCAGCUCAAUGUGCUUCAGGGAGGACAUAACAGUAGACAUCCCAAUAUGAAGCAGGAUCAGAAGCCUGUACAGCCUCAUCUUGGACCCCAGAAGUCAUGCAUUCUGCAAAAAUCAAGAGCCAUAAGCCAGAGGCCUAAUUUGACAGCUAGCAACUUUAAUUCAGUCAUCCCAAGCACGCCUAACAUGAGAGCAAAUAAAACACUUAACAAUAAGUACAAUAACAUCUUUCAACAACAGGCACAGACAUUGGACUCCAAGUUCAGAAAGUUUCCUCCCCAGAGCCAUUUUUUGAACAAGACUGCUCCCAGGACUCAAGCCAGUACAGCAGCUGCAAGUAGGAAGGGAGCCCCAAGUGCGACCCAGACUCACCCACAUGGUAAAAACCCAGAAGGAGAGGAUCGGAGGAAACAGCUGGAAGAAUGGCAGAAAUCCAAAGGGAAAACCUAUAAACGGCCUCCCAUGAAAUUUAAAACAAAAAGAAAAGUCAUAGAGGAAAUGAACACUUCCUUCUGGAAGAGCAUUGAAAGAGAAGAAGAAGAAAAGAAAGCUCAGCUGGAGCUGUCCAAGAAAAUCGACAGCACUCUGACAGAGUGUCUGAGGCUCAUUGAAGAGGGUGUACUUCCUAAUGAAAUAUUCACCAUAGUAUCCAGUAUUCCUGAGGCUGAAAAAUUUGCCAAGUUCUGGGUGUGCAAAGCAAAGUUACUGGCAAGCAAAGGCACCUUUGAUGCUAUUGGACUAUACGAAGAGGCCAUUCAGAAUGGGGCAGCACCAAUACAGGAGCUGCAGGAAGUUCUGAACACUCUGCAGGACCCAUGCAGAAGCACAGAAGCAGUCACCUCUGACACCUCAGCUGCUGGAACUAAUACCCCAUCUGCAGAAGAGCUGGCCAAGGAGGGAUCUGAGCAGCCCUGCCCAUCUCUAACAGAAAUGGAGCCUAUUGCAGCAGCACCACGGAUGCCUGUUUCAGAGUGGGAUAACCCUGGUAUCAAAUUACAGGUUGCUCCGAUCCCUAGAAUAUGCGGGAUGCCAGAAGUGCAAGACAUGAAGCUUAUCACUCCCGUGAGGCGCUCAGCAAGGAUCGAGCGGACGGUGGCUCGCUACCCAGAAAUGCUGCAGGAGCAUGACGUGGUGGUGGCUUCUCUUAACGAGCUACUGGAAGUGGACAAAACAGAGUGUUUCAUCUUUCGUGAAAAUGAGGCUUUGCCUGUGACGCUGGGCUUUGAAGUCCUUGAAUCAUGAUCUUUUGAUAUUUGUGGGGUUUGUUUUUUUUCUUUAACUUUAAGUGAGGUUUUUUUCAGAGCUUACAAGACAUAAAUGCCCUUGUCAAAAUGACAUGAAAUAAAUGUUUGCUGAGACCCCACGAUGCAGAUGGUCUCAGAAGGAAUGCAUUGGGUUUGCUCUCAGAUUGUAUAUCCCCAUGAGAAAACGUUUGGUUCAUGUAUUUGUUAUAUACUUUAUAAAAGUUUUAUAGCAUAGUUUUUCAGCAUCCACCCUACCUGGAGGGCAGGUUCCUAGAAUACAAAGGGUUGACUUUUGACACCAGCUCACCAGGCGGAAAGUCAAACUCCACAGAUUACAGAGACGUUUGGGCUAGCCACGUCUUCACUCAGAUCCCAGAAGGUAUUUGUGGAGACCUUCAACUUCCACCACAGUGACCCUAAAGAUGAGGGGUACACUUGUCCUCUCUGGGUGGCUUUCCUCUAGUGAAGCACAGUCCAGAAUUGAGGUGGCCGCCCAGGUUCUAUUUACAGUCCUCCUUUUGCACUUGUUUCUGAGAAAUGCUUCGAGUAAAGACAAAUGUGGGGACAGAGCCUGCUGCGUCCAUUCCUCUCCCUGCCAGAGGACUGGUAACCUGAGGAGGCCAUGAGCGCCGCAGAGACUAUGGCAGGGAAUCUUUUCUGCACCUUGGACAACUGCUCCUGGAAAGGAAAAGCAGCGUUGUUUUGUAAAUGUAACAUAGGAAAGCCUGGUUGGCAAUUUUUAAAUCUUAGCUUUGUUCCUAUGAUUACUAAGUACUAAGUAAUAUCUAAAAUAAAAACCACUGAAUUCUCUUCA